UUAGUUGCUGUUUCUAUAAAUAUCACGUGACGUACACAGACACGACCGGUCGUCGUAGCGAGAAACACUCUGAGCUAAACAGACUCUUUGGUCUGAAAUACUUACGUAGACUUACAAGUCAGGCAGAGUAAAGCCUCUAUAUACUCAUCAAUUGUUUAUCUAAAGGAGCAGAAUAUUCAAAAUGGCUGAGCCACAGGAAAGGGAGUGUGCUGUGUGCACGAAUGACUUCACCACACCAAAGAUUCUACCCUGUGGUCAUCUCCUGUGUCGAGAAUGUGUCAUUACCUGGAUGGACUCCAAAGCUGAUGCCGGGUGUCCGCUGUGUAGAUGUCCUAUAGUUGAGCAGUCAGAUAGAAGUUCGUCCGUCACUGUUGACGCCCUGCCGACAGACUUUGUGAUGGAAGCGCUGGUGGAGAGCGCUCGUGUGCUGAGUAAAGAUCACCUUUGUUGUGUGUGUGAGGACGUCAGGGCGGACUUCAUCUGUAUGCAGUGUCAGGACAUGAUGUGUUCAGCGUGUGCUAAAGUACACAAGAAGAUGUCCAUCAGCCGUAGUCACGAUGUGGAGAGUGUCAGCACUGUGACACCUGAACGUCUGGCUGCCAGCCGCCCUGCACUGUGUGCUGACCACGGCGACAAACAGGCGGACAGCUUUUGCUUCUGUCACCGACUCGUUGUCUGCAAAUCCUGUAAGGUUCAGAAACACAGUGAAUGUUUAAAAGUAAGCGAUUUUGACUUUGAAAUACAUUCAGCUGAAAACUCACUUACCCACCUAACAAAGAUUCUGGUAGAAGCGGAGCAGAAGCUAGAGCAGGUUAUAGGUCAGGUGACGUCACGUCUACAGGAAGUUGAUGUCAGUGAACAAGAAGACAUGUCGCAAGUAGACAAGAUAUGUGAAUGUCUUCAGACGCUGGUGGAAGAUUUCCGUAUGAGGUUGAUGGAAAAGACUCGUACGUCACAUCUGCAAAUCAGGAAUUCAUUACGUGACGUCAAGACUAACUUUAGCAACCGUCUAGGGAAGGUGACGUCACACAGACACAUUGUGACGCGAGCCACGGCAGUGUCACCACGUCCUGCAGUGAUACACAUGACACAGGCUCUGACAGACAGGGUCAACAGCCUUGACCUUAGCUCUCAUUUUGAAGAUGUGUGGGUGAAGCCCUUGUUAAGUGCGAAAUGGUGUUUAGAAGUUGUGGCACGGAUAGAACAAGAGCUACUGAGGUUGGAGCAACUGAAAACGGAGACAAAGACUUAUUUACCAAGCUCCUCGCAACAAUUGAACGAGGCUAUGAAAGCAGGCCAGAGUUCCUUCUCAAGCUGCUCGUUCAAAGUGGAAAAGACUGAUAAGCAAAUCAAGCCUUACCUGCCAAGUGAUUCUUCAAAAAAGAAAAAGUUUGUAAAGAAAAGCCAGUUGAACCCACAGCCACCAGUCCUUGUGUUCCACGACAACUGCGGAACCAACAUUCGUCUGACGAACGGUAACAGGACCGCGGAGAGGACAGAGCUGAAUACGAUCGAUGACGGGGUGGUUGUGUCACGUGACCCUAUGUUAGCGAACGUCUUGUAUGAAGUCAGAGUGGACGCAGGAUCAAGUGUGUACAACUAUCUAUCACUGGGUGUGACAAGAAUUUCUCCUGCACGCCUCACUGUGACACUGUGGUCUACAGACCUGCAAGACUCCGCUAUCAUCAUGCCCUGUUGGGUCUACCACCAGGGAGAAAGUGCGCCGUUACCGCUCGCAAGUGAACUCAGGAGACUUGAAGUCGGGAGUCGAGUCGGGGUACUGGUGACGUCAUCCAACGACCUUCACCUCUACAUCAACGGACAGGACCAGGGCGUUGCAGCACACAAUGUUACACAACCUUGGUUUGCUGUCUUUGAUAUUGGCAGUUUAGUUACUAAGGUGACAGCGCUUCCUACAUCUUUUAGAACAUAAAGAAUAUCAGAGAACAAGAAGGCUGAGACAAUAAAACAAGAAUAUUUUUGUGAUCGAGGAUGACAUUAACCUGGGCGUUGACAUUACCAAUGAGAGCUCCAGUGAAUUUGUUUCGUUAACCUGAUUGCUAUCCAAAACAAGACGAGUACACAUUGCAUCUGUGUAGGAUUUUUUCCAGUUGAAAGACAUUAGCAAAUAAAAAAAAGCUGGACGAGCUACCUUCUCCCCACCCACACACACACACAUAAAGAAAAGAGGGAAAACAAAUUCUUAGCAUGAAGAGAAGUUGGAUUAUAUAUUAUAUAUUAUUAUUUAUUUUGGAUUUCUAUUUUGUUUUGUUUUUCUCUUCUGUUUGUGCCUAUUCUUCGUAUCAGCCUGGGGUUCAUCGACUUGCGCUGAGUUGGAUAUAACUUCAAGAAGUGAAAACUUUGUGUACUUUUCACGUGGAUAUAUUGUGUAAGUUAGAACUGAAAACAUUGAGCUGUUUCAAGUGAGACUUUGUGAUGAACUGUACUGUCGGCAAAGAAGAUUGAAUAUUUUUGAGACAUUGGAAGCAACGUGUGUUCGAACUGUCUGUUGGAAAAUUUGGACUGGUUUUGUUUCUGUAUUUUAAAUUAUAUAUUAUUUUUAAAAUUUUAAUCCCUGUCUGUGUUUUAAUUUAUUUAUGUUCCUCGUCUGGAAGGCACUGUAGAGUGCAGGCGACAGUCAGUUUUUGGAAGGCUGUUACUACAAUUUUGUAAUACAUGUGACUUAACAAUCUUAAAUGGCACCUGCGCUGGAGAUGAAAAUGGCCGAUAUACUUACAUAAGCACUAUGGGCAGUAGCACAAUUCAUUAUUUCCUUUGCUCUAGAGAAAUGAUUCCAGGCCAGUUUAGUCCAGAGAUAACGGAGCGAUUCGAAUCGAAGCAUCUGCCCCUGCAGUUGACCUCAAAUCGGGACAUAGUGAUAUCAGAGACAGAACCAGUAACUAUAGAGAAAAUUAUCUUAGAUAACAAUAAAUGCCAGUCUUUCAUGUCCAACAUAAAAAACGAAAAAGCAGGCAAGAAAUUAAAUGACGUUUUCGACAUGCUGGACGUCUCUGUCGAACAGUCAGUAGAACUUUUUAACUCUGGCCUUCUAAACGCGGCUCAAUGUAUGAUGUGGAAAAUUUGACAGGGCGAAGAAAGAGUAGGUGGUUUGAUUCAGUGUAUACAAGCCAAACGUGAAACGAGAAGGUGUCACAGGAAAUUUCGACGCACGGCUAAAACUAUCAACAGACAAAAAUAUGUAGAAACGAGUCGUAGGUAUCGAAACCUAAUGCAAAGCAAACGAAAGCAGUUUAAAAAGGAUCUGUUGGAAAAGCUGUCCACUUACACAGACAAUUCACAAGCAUUUUGGAAAGAAACAAAAGCAAUCUGCAGACAAUCUAACCACGAAUGUACUAUAGACAACAGAACAUGGUAUGAACACUUUUAAAAUGUUUUUCAAGGUGAUAUAGUAGAUUUUAGUCAUCUCCUGUGUCGAGAAUGUGAUAUUUAUUUUUUGACUAUAGACUUUCAUGAUGAAUGUCUUCUGUGUAGAUGAGCUAUGUCACAAACCUGCUGAGAUGUAUUUUUUAAAAAUGUUUUUUUUAAUUAGUAAAAGUAAUUGUUCGGGUGAGGUGGUAAAGACAGCUAUCACUGAGGCUGUUAGUGUCAACAGUCUGAGGCGUGCCGCGCCAUACGGGGAUGGCUGGCCGGUCUUUGUGUAAUUAAGUAGUAAUGAUAGGUUGUUUGGUGGUUACUUUGAACAAAGGAAAGAGUGUGAUAGUGUGUUGGAUGUGUGUGGUUUGAUUAGGGUUUUUCCUUGACGGGAGCGGGAAGAAGGGAGUCUCUUUGGUGUU